AUGGGCUUCAAUAGGAUAGAAGAAUACAAAUGGGAUGAGGCUGGGAUCGAGACGGCGCGAAAAAAAUCAAACGACCGCUUGCCACCACACGGGUUCCACCGACCGUUGCUCCACGAAGGGAAUGGACAAAAUUUGGGGAGGAGGAGGGCAAGAAAGGGCAAGAAGUCCGGCCCGGAUUUGACAACGACAAGGUUGGAUGAGGUGAUCCAGUUGAAGCUUGCAGUUGCUGGAAAAAAUAAGCUAUUGGUCUUCAAACAGGCCACGCAAGCGACCCUCGUACCUGGCGGAAAGCGAAUCAGUUGUCGAGUUUGUCAAGCAGCCAAUCCACCUCAAGAUGUGCCUACAAAGAUACCCUGGGAGGCGAUUUGGGAGGCGAUGCCGUUUCGUCUCUCUCCCUUCUCCCCUCAAAAUAUACCCAUCUGA